AUGGAACUGAUCCAGGACACCUCCCGCCCACCAGCAAAGUAUGUGAAGGGCAUCCCUCUCAUCAAGUAUUUUGCAGAGGCACUGGGGCCACUGCAGAGCUUCGCAGCCUGGCCUGAUGACUUGCUCAUCAGCACCUAUCCCAAGUCGGGCACCACCUGGGUGAGCGAGAUCCUGGACCUGAUCUACCAGGAUGGCGACCUGGAGAAGUGUCAGAGAGCCCCCAUCUUCAUGCGGGUGCCCUUCCUUGAGUUCAAGGUCCCUGGGGUUCCCACAGGUGUUGAGCUUCUGGAAGAUACACCGGCCCCACGGCUGCUCAAGACACACUUGCCCCUGGCUCUGCUUCCGAAGACCCUGCUGGAUCAGAAAGUCAAGGUGAUCUACAUCGCCCGCAAUGCCAAGGAUGUGGCCGUCUCCUAUUACCACUUCUACCGCAUGGCCAAGGUGCACCCUGACCCUGGCACCUGGGACAGCUUCCUGGAGAAGUUCAUGGCCGGGGAAGUGUGCUAUGGGUCCUGGUACCGGCAUGUGCGGGAGUGGUGGGAGCUGAGUCACACCCACCCUGUUCUCUACCUCUUCUACGAGGACAUAAAGGAGGACCCCAAAAGGGAGAUCCAGAAGAUCCUGGAGUUUGUGGGGCGCUCCCUGCCGGAGGAGACUGUGGAUCAUAUCGUCCAGCACACAUCUUUCAAAGAGAUGAAGAAGAACCCCAUGACCAACUACAGCACCAUACCCAAUGAAAUCAUGGACCACAACAUCUCUGCCUUCCUGAGGAAAGGCAUCACUGGCGAUUGGAAAUCCACCUUCACUGUGGCCCAGAAUGAGCGCUUUGAAGCCCAUUAUGCUGAGAAGAUGGCGGGCUGCAAGCUCCGCUUCCGCUGGGAGCUGUGA